GUGGAAAACCACAACCCCAUCACUAACCUUAGCAGCACUGUUUGCUUUCAACUUGUUGAGUCGAAUUUCAUAUAUUAUAAGAAGGUAGAUAUCAAGGCAAGAGUUUGUGAAAGAUGAUGGUUGAGAAAGAAGACUUGGGUUUGAGUUUGAGCUUGAGAUUUCCAGAGAUUCGGAAUAGUUCACUACAGUUGAAUCUUAUGCCCUCCUUGGUUUCAUCAUCUUCCCCAUCUCCAUCUCCUUCACCGUUCAAUCUCUUUCACAAAACUUCUUGGAACGAGUCCUUCCCUUCCUCAGAUAGAAACUCGGAGACAUGCAGAGGGGAGACCAGAUCAUUCCUCAAGGUGAUCGACGUGAACCGUUUACCUUCUACGGCCGAUGCCGAGGACGAAGCCGGCGUUUCUUCUCCGAACAGCACGAUAUCGAGCUCUAGUGGGAAGAGGAGUGAGAGAGAGUGCAACGGCGACGAUCACGAGAUCGAGAGAGCUUCCUCUCGAGGUAUCAGCGAUGAAGAAGACGGCGAUGCGUCGAGAAAGAAGCUCCGGCUGUCCAAAGACCAGUCGGUGGUACUCGAAGAGAGCUUCAAAGAACACAACACUCUCAACCCUAAGCAAAAGUUGGCUUUAGCGAAGAGACUGGGACUCAGGCCUCGUCAGGUGGAGGUGUGGUUUCAGAACAGGAGGGCAAGGACGAAGUUGAAGCAAACGGAGGUUGACUGUGAGUUGUUGAAGAGGUGCUGUGAGAAUCUGACGGAGGAGAACAGGAGGUUACAGAAGGAAGUGCAGGAGCUGAGGGCACUCAAAUUGUCCCCACAGUUCUACAUGCAGAUGACCCCUCCCACCACCCUCACGAUGUGCCCUUCAUGUGAGCGUGUCGCCGUCCCAUCAUCGGCUCCUCCUCCUCCGACAACGACAACGACAACGACAACGGUCCAUCCUCGGUCCCGGCAAAUGGGUCCCAUCCAUCCUCGGUCCGUUCCCUUCAAUCCAUGGGCCACCACAGCCUUUCCAUUCGAUGCUCUUCAUCGUCGAUCAUCGUAAUAAGUCAUCAAUGAAAGGUUAAACUAGUCAUUUCAGAUACUUAAAUUGUGUAAGGAGGCAAUGAAAAUUGUAAUAGGGUACCAUAUAUAUGUGUGUAUAUGUACCUAUGGGAUCUGAGAUAUGGUGGUUGGAAUAUGAUAUGGCUGGUCUCUAUUGUUUUGUUGACCCAGUUUCUGAAUGGACUAUUAUUAUUAGUCUGUUUGUAGUACUAAUUCCUCUUCCCAUUCUUGGACCUUCGGGAGGUAGGGAAGAGACCUACGGGAUGUAAAUUGUCAU